AGGCAGGGCUGAGGGGCUGUGGGGUGCCUCCCCAUCCCUGUUUCCCCCUGAGUAGGGCUGUAGGGUGCCCCCUCCCUUCCCUGUUCCCCCCCCCACCCGGGCAGGGCUGUGGGGCUCUGGGGAGUCUCCUCAGCCUCCCCCACCAGCACCCUGUGUUGUAGGGUGUCUCAGUCCUCCUUGGCCCCAUUCCCCCUUCCUUUCCCCCCACCACAUCCCAGGGGCCCCAUCCCCCCUGCCCUUCUCCACCGCCGUGGCAUGGGACCGUAGGGGCACAGCUCGGCCUGGCGCUGCAUGGCCGUCUGGCUCUCCUCGCAGGAGCUGGUCCUGCUGUGGGCCGGCAGCGCGUGGGGCGUUGGAUGAGCACCUGGCAGCCCAGGCAGGGUCCUGGGCUCCUCGUCGUCCUCCUCCGAGCUCUCGCCUCCCGUCAAGCAGGGAGCCAAGGCCUGGAAGCGGGGAGAGCCAGGAUCCUUGAUACAGCUCCUCAACACCCACACGUGCCCCCUUCUGAUUUCAUGCACAGACAAGUGCUGGUAUCCUGCACUAAGGAUACGUUCACUUGCUUGUUUUGUGUUCUGCUGGGAGCUGAGAUUGUCCUUACAAAUAGCUUGUAAAGGGCUAAUAAUCUAACGCAGGCUACAAACAUUGCCACCGCUGCAGGUGUGGUGGAGGGCUGUGUGCCCAUCAGUGUCGUGGCUGUGUCACGUCCGUCAGUAGUCUGCUGACCUGCCAGACUUUGGAGUAAUCUGUAAUAACCCGUUAGUCAUUUUUGAAACAUCUGUGACUGUUAGUCACUGCUUAUCUGCUGUAAACCUUUUCUAAAUGGAAACUCCUGUCGGGGCUGAUGGCUUAUUUCAGGAAGGACUUUGGCACGGGCAAAGGGGAGACAGGGCAAGGACCAGCUUACGCCCCCCUUUAGCAAGGGCUUGGGAUGGGGAGAGCAAGGGGUUUGAACAGCUUGCCUACGUAGGGGAGAGUUUUCCAAAGUCAUCAGCCCAGAGGGAGCUAUGCUGCAAUUCCUGUUUGUCUCUUGUGACGUUUGUCAUUUUGUUCUUUGCCUUAGAGCCACUUGGUUGCACAGAUGCUUCUAAAAUGUCCCCAGACCCAUCGAGUCAGUUCAGCUGUGCGGCAAGGCUUGGACUCGGGGUAUUUUUGUGCAGGGGAAGUGAAAUUGUGACUGUUAUGCUGGAGGAAGGUGUUCCCUGGACAGUUCUGGAGACAGAAGUGCUGUUUUUCUAGAGCAGCAAACUGGACUGCAAAAAGCAUUGCCAAAAAGAGCAGCCGAGAAGCCAUCUCUGUGCCCGGGAAACCCCUUCAGAGCUGUAGAGAUCACACAGAAAACGAGCGCUGCUCCACUUGCAAGUAUAGCAAGUCAGACAGAACAAAUGAAAUAGCUAGUGACUGUAUGACGAAAAAGAAGGCCUGGUGAUGGAGCUCCCCAGUGAUAUUUUGCUGUUUCUGAGGACAUAGGCAAGAACGCUGUAGGUUGCCGUGGUGCUGUGCCCCUCCGUCCUGCUGCCAUGAGUGGGAAGUCCUUGCUCUUAAAGGUCAUUCUCCUCGGGGAUGGUGGAGUCGGGAAGAGUUCCCUCAUGAACCGCUAUGUCACCAACAAGUUUGACUCUCAGGCUUUCCACACGAUUGGUGUGGAGUUCUUAAACCGGGACCUGGAGGUGGAUGGACGUUUUGUGACCCUCCAGAUUUGGGACACUGCAGGGCAGGAGAGAUUCAAGAGCUUGCGAACCCCCUUUUACAGGGGAGCAGACUGCUGCCUGCUGACCUUUAGCGUGGACGACCGACAAAGCUUCGAGAACCUCAGCAACUGGCAGAAGGAGUUUGUCUAUUAUGCCGAUGUGAAGGACCCCGAACACUUCCCAUUUGUAGUUCUGGGCAACAAGAUAGACAAACUUGAAAGACAAGUGAGCACAGAGGAGGCCCGGACCUGGUGCAUGGAAAACGGGAACUAUCCGUACCUGGAGACUAGUGCCAAGGAUGACACCAAUGUGGCAGUGGCCUUUGAGGAAGCCGUGCGGCAGGUGCUGGCAGUAGAAGAACAGCUAGAGCACUGUAUGCUGGGCCACACCAUUGACCUGCACUCCAGCUCCAAAUCUGGGUCUUCCUGUUGUUAAGGGUAGCUGCCACUCGGGGCAAUUCCCUCGAACCAGCGGCUGGAGCAGAAUAAGCACGAGCAGCUCAGGGCACUCUGAGGAGGGCGGCCACGAGGACAAUAGGUGGGUUGCUCACCGAGGAGUUGCAGCCUUUCCAUGCAAAUUCCAGCUAGAGUUUUCAUGCACGGGGGAUGUAGCUACAGGAGGGAGCUGUCAAAGAACACGUGAAUGUAGUCCUGCUUCCAUCUCUGCCUGUUUUUAGUGGGUUUAAAGGACUGGGUAGAGCUGAAGAGAGUGAAUCUGAUCUUUACCAAGAACUGCCUGCAGAACAAGGCACUCCUCGAAGUAUUCUAGUCCUGAACUGAAAAAUAGUAGACCCACUAAACUCAUGACCUUACUGCCAAAGGAAAGUCUGCUCAGCAUACUGAACAAAACCUGUUGGGGAGACUUUAGCCUGUGCAACUGUGAGAAUGCCAAAUACCAGAGUGACUGAGAUGUGUGUAUCUGUUGCUUUGGAGAAGUGCAUCCUGUCCUGAGACUGAACUGUGCUGAGCGUUUAGUACUGUGAUUUGAAGCAGCAUAUGAAGGAGAGGGAACUGUGUUUGAAUGCUGCAGCAUCAGUUCUUUGAAGCUGGCUGUUUCUGGUCUGUUUUUCCCCCCCUCUAACUUUGUCUUGUUAUGGGUGUUACUUUGUGGAGAGACUGGCUCCUUCCUGUUUAAUAUAUGUUUCCUUAUCUCUUCCGGAGGCUCAACAUCAGGUGUUGCUUCUCACACCCUGGAUAGCCCUGGAUGGAAAGGACCUGUGCGGACACCCUCCUGGUCAUGUCAAAAGGUUUAGAGUGUCUCAGGAGCCCAGUAGAUUGGGAGCACGAAGCCUGACCAGCCGGCUGGCUUCUGUCACAAGCGAUUGCUGUGCCGAGACGAUGAGCUCUAGCAGGCCGGGUGGUGGGUGGGUGGGAUGUCUCCUGGGUGCCCAGGUGGCUGGGGGAGUCACGCACGGUCAGCCGUUAAAGCCGCUCAUUCUGUGCGUGGGGCCGGUGACCACUGUGCUUCGUUAGUUGACGGAUCGGUGUCUUCAGUCGCUUUAACUUGGAUGUUUCGUUCUGGAUGCGGCACAUAGGACUGUUCACCUGCUACCUGCUCUGUCGGGGACGGCGCUGCUGAGCGCAGCAGCCGUGCUGGCUCUGACUGCCGACAGGGGAAUCCAGUACGUUUUAUCUGCAGCUCAUCUGACAGACAUUAUUGGUAGAGAGGAUCCACACGGUUAAUUGGCCUUUGUUAAUGGCUGCUUUUUUUCUGUCUGAUGGGGAGAGAUCUGGACUGAUUCCACCUUUGUUCAAGGUUGCUGAAAAAUGGUAUGUGAGGGGCAGGAAACCUUCAAGAAGGGAUCCCAGGCUUCGCUAAUCCCAGCUCCUGCCCCUGCUAGGUUUCAGUCCCAAGCUGUCUGUGCAUAGCAAAGAGGUCAGUGCUUGCUAGCUGCUGCUUUUUCCAUUAUAACCUCACAUCCUGCGACUUCCCGUGCAUAUGCUUGCCCAAGACUCUGCUCUAACGACCUUGCCCGUAAGCACCUAGGGACCUGUCACGGGAGAGCUCCCCUGAGUGUGUAUCAGCUAGCCGCUGAGCGCAGUUCCCCCUGCGAUGAGCUGCUGGAUGCUGCAUCGUGCAGCUCCGAUCCAGCAGCCUCAUUUACUCUGUGCUUUAGAGCAAAGCAGCCUCUGCCUGUGUCCCAUGUGGAAGGACCUGAAGCUUUACAGCAAAAUACACGUUGGAGGGGUCUGGUUUGUAAGCAGGGCUGAACACCCACUGUGUCCGCAGGGUGGAUGGGGAGUGCCUGCAGCCUCUGGAAAAUUGGGUCCCUUGAAGUGUGAGAGAAGGCUCUGCCUCCAUAGGUGCAACAGAUUUUUAGAAGGUUGUAAAAUUGUUUAUUUAAUUAAAUUUCUGACCUCUACAGGCCUCUGUAGAUUUUUCUUCAGUUUAACACUGCUUGAUGUUUUCUUCAGGUUCCUAAACACUGUGACCUGUGGUUCUGGUUAACAGCUCCAGAUACAGACAUUCCACUGGAGCUGGUUUGUGCAGGGGUCUAGAGGGGCUGGACAGGCUCAGGCCCUUGUUUGCAGGCUGUUUUUGAGGGUAUCCACUCCCGCUGGAGUAGACGUUGAGGGAGUUCCCUUCAGGCGAAACCGUGCUGCUCUCCCAGCCUUGUUCUCGCGUGAUCUGCGAGAGGACUGGCACCUCCUGUGAGGGGGCAGAGGCUGGACAAGCUGUGACAUAGCAGGGACACAUGCCGCGUGCUCUUUGCAGGACCUGGGGUGCACGUCGAUGCUGAUUGCUGACGCUGGAGAACCUCCCAGUGCGGAGGGUGUUACACAGUACCUUGUCUUCAUUUCCAACCAACAUUGGAUAGUUGAUGUUAUUUUUAAAAACUAUUUUAUUAGGCCUAUGUAUUUUUAAAAUGCGUUAAAAAGAGUAUAGUGUUUUGUAUUGCAUUUAAAUAGUUUAAUUUAUUUUAAACUGAUACACGCACAAUUUCCAAAGGAGCACGGAUCUUGAACUCUUCGUCGCAAAGUUCAAUGCCAACAGCCAUCCCCUCUCUGUGUCCACUCGUGCUGCUGCGGUCGUUGCUACUGUUACAGAACUGGAAUUGUAAAACAGAUUCUACCUUUAUUUAAGCAAAUAAAAUGUGGUUGUAUUCAAGCAAA